AUGUCCCUCUUCGGAAACGCGCAACCCGCCGGUGGUGGUGGGCUAUUUGGCUCCACCGCCAACAAACCCAGUCCAUUUGGUUCGAAUACAGGUGCGGCCGGUACCCAGCCUAGCGGAGGAGGACUAUUUGGCUCGACUCCCAGUAACCAGCAGUCCUCAACGGGUGGUGGGGGAUUAUUUGGUUCGGCACAGAAUAACCAAGGUGCACCUGGUGCUACUGGUGGUGGAUUGUUUGGCUCGACGCCGCAGAAUAACCAACAACAAGGUGCUACAGGAAGUGGUUUGUUUGGCGCGACGGCAAAUCAGCAGAGUUCGACUGGUGGUGGUGGGUUAUUUGGGUCGUCGACAACGCAGAAUCAGCAGCCUUCUGGGGGCAGUUUGUUUGGCGCUACAGCGACACAGAAUCAGCCGUCCGGUGGUGGUGGUUUGUUUGGCUCCUCGACAGCACAGACUCAACCCUCAGGCGGGAGUUUGUUUGGAUCCACGACUCAGCAAAAACCUGCCGGUGGUCUUUUUGGCGGUGGUGGAUUAGGAGGGGGACAGCAACAACAGACCGGGGGUGGUCUCUUUGGUGGCGGAGGACAACAACAACAGCAACAACAACCACAGACUGGCGGUGGUUUAUUCGGGGCUAGCGCACAGCAGCAACCUCAACAACCAGCACAGCAGAGUGCCUGGGGGAGUAAUACAUUGGGUGGUCAGCCACAGCAAGGACAGCAACCUCAAUUGGGACAGAGCACUGCACAGCAGCCGGGAUCUAGUCUUUGGUCGCCAGGACGUGCUGUGACGGGGGUGCAUAGAACCGUGCCGAUGCAGAUGGCCAUUAUCAAGGACAAAUGGGAGAGCACGAGUUUUUCUUCUCCGUUUAGAACAUAUCUGUACAACAACGUUGGUGAGGAAGCGGCGCCCUUUUAUCAGCCGGGUCCCGAGGACGACGAGGCAAAAUGGGAAGAAGCUUUGCGGCAGAGACCUACAUCAGGAAACGUGCCUGUUCUCGUGAGAGGAUUUUGGGAACUGGGAAAGCGCGCCCAGAGACAAAAGGACUUCUUGACUAUGAUGCAGAACCGCCUCCACGAAAUCAACAACUGCCUCUCCGAAUUACUCUCUCGCCACGACCUGAAGAUUUCCGUCAAGAUUGCCGACUGCCGGCGAAAGCACAUCGUCCUGAGUAAGCGAUGCCUUGCGCUCGCAGCCAAGACGCAAGUUCUGCGAAACCGCGGCUACGCAAUGGACGACACGGAGGAGGAGCUGAAGAAGAAGCUUGCUCAUCUGGAGCGUUCUGUCUUCGACCCAACGCUGAAUGGACGUGGAGAGGAGAUUUGGGCCCGGAUGCUGGCGAUCCGUGAGCACUCGAAGCGCCUGCAAGUUGAGAUGGACCGGGCUGGUGCGAAUGCGGCCUCGCAGGGUGAGGAUGAACUGGACGAGAAUACAAUGAAGACUGUUAAGAAGAUUCUUGAUGACUACCACGCUCAGAUCCAACACCUACAGAAAGAAUUGAGCUCAGUCAGGAAAGACUAUGAGGAGGCACAGAAGGCGCAGGGACUUGCUGAUUAG